AUGCGCAAGCCCAUGACAUCCCUGGGCUCCCAGCUCUGCAGGGCAGCUUUCCUGGCAGCCAUCCUAACGCUGCUGCAGGUGAAGGGGGUGAAGCCCCAGGAAGGGAACCCAGGACCUAGUGAGAGGAGUCAGAAAGAGAAAACACCCUCUAUAGAACAGGAUCCAGAGCAGUUUGAAGAGCACUUCGUGGCUUCCUCAGUGGGUGAGAUGUGGCAGCUGGUGGACAUGGCCCAGCAGGAGGAAAAGACAUCGGAGAACGCAGCCAUUCGUAACCACCUAUUUGAUCUCGCCUUCUGCUUGACUCUGGCCGGCAUCAUGGUUUUUUUAUGA